UAAUCAUGAGGAGGGGGGUGCGCGCGUGCGUGAGCGCCUUGUGUGCGGAGCAGAGGCCUGUGGACUCUGAGGGCUCUUGUAAUGGCUGUGAGUGUCACUGCCCGGCUCUCGGCUUCUUCUGCUUCUUUCGUUUCCUCUCACAGCCACUCGGGCUGCAGCAGAGAAACGGCUCCAGUGUGGGUAACAUUCUGAGCUUAGAAUGAAGCAUUCCACGAGAAGGUACAGACCGGACACGGGAUGGGAAUUUGAGAGUUGGAGGUGCCUUUGAGAGUCCCUCAGGAGGGCAGCUACAUGUGAACUACAGCGUUCGUGCAGCCCUGUCCCCAGCAGCCAUUGUGGGUGCCCAGACCGAUCCCUACUCCUUUUAUUUCGGUCCCCUUUUGUGCGAAGGGAGGGAAGGUGAGGCCAUGGAAGAUGCUUUCAGACUUAGUCUGCUCUGCGCUCCGAGAAAGGCCGAGAAGGGGCCUUAUGCUUGCCUCCUCCCGUCGUGCGGUUAUCCAAAAGAAGGACCUGUAGUAGAAUGAGAGCAUUAUUGCUGCACAUCUAAAAAUCAAGGGAGAGGAAGUCUAAAGAAGAUUAAUCAACCAGUUUUGUAAUUUUAAAAACAUGGUCCACGAGUCAGUGACCUUCAGGGAUGUGGCCAUUGACUUCUGCCAGGAGGAGUGGGAGUGCCUGGACCCUGCUCAGAGGGACCUGUACAGAGAUGUGAUGUUGGAGAACUACCGCAACCUCAUUGCAGCAGCAGGAAGUACCAUUUCUAAGCCAGAAGUGAUUGCCUUACUAGAGCAAGAGAAAGAGCCCUGGAUAGGUGUGAGGAAGGAAACAAGCAGGCAGUAUCCAGAUUUGGAUUCAGAUUAUGGAGCUGAGAAAAUAUCUCCAGAAAAUUAUAUUUAUGAAAUAAAUUUAUCCAAACAGGAUAUAAAGCAAAUUAACACUCUUGGCCUUAAGUCUUGCAGUUUUAGAAGUGACUCAAAACACAAUUUUGAGAGACUAAAUGGAUAUCAAGAAGGAUAUAUCAAUCAAAAGAUACUCAGCUAUGAGAAAAAAAAGCCUACUUAUACCAAGUAUAUUCUUACUCACAGUACAGGUAAACUGUGUAAGAAAUGUGGGAAAUCCUUUAGUCAUCACUCAAACCUUAUUCAACAUCAGAGUAUUCAUACUGGAGAGAGACCCUAUGAAUGUAAGGAAUGUGGGAAGGCCUUUAGACUUUGCAUACAACUUACUCAACAUCAGAAAUUUCACACUGGUGAGAAAUCUUUUGAAUGCAAGGAAUGUGGGAAGACCUUCAGUUGUGGCUCAAAUCUUGCUCAACAUCAGAAUAUUCACACUGGUAUGAAACUAUAUGAAUGUAAGAAAUGUGGGAAAGGCUUUAAUCAUACUUCAAACCUCAGUCAGCAUCAGAAAACUCAUACUGCCGAGAAACCCUUCGUAUGUAAGGAAUGUGGGAAGGCAUUUAGAUUUCCUUACCGACUUAUUGAACAUCACAGAAGUCAUACUGGUGAGAAACCCUUUGAAUGUAAGGAAUGUGGGAAGGCUUUUAGACUUCAUCUACAACUUUUUCGACACCAGAAAACUCAUACUGGUGAGAAAUCCUUUGUAUGUAAGGAAUGUGGGAAGGAAUUUAAAUAUCGUUACCUACUUAUUGAACAUCACAGAAUUCAUACUGGUGAAAAACCCUAUAAAUGUCGGGAGUGUGGGAAAAGCUUUAAUCGUGGUUCAAACCUCAGCCAGCAUCAGAAAAUUCAUUCCAGUGAGAAGCCCUUUAUAUGUAAGCAGUGUGGGGAGGGCUUUAAAUAUCAUCACCAAUAUGUUGAACAUCACAGAGUUCAUACUGGUGAGAAGACUUAUAAAUGUGAGGAAUGUGGGAAGGUCUUUAUUCUUCUGACACAGCUUGUUCAACAUCAAAGCAUUCAUACUGGUAAGAAGCCAUUUGAAUGUAAGGAAUGUGGGAAGACAUUCAGUUGUGGCUCAAAUCUUUCUCAGCAUCAGAAUAUUCAUGCUGGUAUGAAACCAUAUGAAUGCAAGGAAUGUGGGAAAAGCUUUAAUCGUAGUUCAAACCUCAAUCAGCAUCAGAAGACUCAUACUGGUGAGAAACCCUUUGUAUGUAAGGAAUGUGGGAGGGCAUUUAGAUAUCAUUACCGUCUUAUUGAACAUCACAGAAGUCAUACUGGUGAGAAACCUCUUGAAUGCAAGGAAUGUGGGAAGGCUUUUAGAGUUCACCUACAGCUUUCUCGACACCAGAAGACACAUACUGGUGAGAAAUCCUUUAUAUGUAAGGAAUGUGGGAAGGAAUUUAAAUAUCAUUACCGACUUAUUGAACAUCACAGAAGUCACACUGGUGAGAAACCUUUUGUAUGUAAGGAAUGUGGGAAGGCUUUUAGACUUCACCUACAACUUUCUCGACAUCAGAAAACUCAUACUGAUGAGAAAUCCUUUGUUUGUGAGGAAUGUGGGAAGGCAUUUAGAUAUCAUUACCGACUUACUGAACAUCACAGAAGUCACACUGGUGAGAAACCCUUUGAAUGUAAAGAAUGUGGGAAGGCUUUUAGACUUCACCUACAACUUUCUCGACAUCAGAAGACACAUACUGGUGAAAAAUCCUUUGUAUGUAAGGAAUGUGGGAAGGCAUUUAGAUACCAUCACCGACUUAUUGAACAUCAUAGAAUUCAUACUGGUGAAAAACCCUAUAUAUGCAGGGAGUGCGGGAAAGGCUUUAAUCGUGCUUCAAACCUUAGUCAGCAUCAGAAAAUUCAUUCUGGUGAGAAGCCCUUUAUAUGUAAGGAAUGUGGGCAGGGCUUUAAGUAUCAUCACCAAUGUGUUGAACAUCACAGAAUUCACACUGGUGAGAAACCUUAUAAAUGCAAGGAAUGUGGGAAGACUUUUAGACUUCACUUACAACUUUCUCGACAUUGGAAAAUUCAUACUGAUCAGAAUCCCUUUGAAUAUAAGGAAUGUGAGACUCCUUCAGGCAUCAGUACUAACUUACUGAACAUCAGGGAAUUUAUACUAAUAUGAAACCCUAUAAAUGCAAAGGGAAAUUCUCUUGACAGUGUUCAGAUCUUACUCAACAUCAGAAUAUUCAUGUUCAAAAGAAGCUCUUUGAAUGUAAGGAGUGUAAGAAGACUUUUAGUCUUUCCACAAAGACUAAAUCAUCAUAAUAACACCUAUACAGGUGAGAAACAAUGCGAAGAAUGUGGGAAACCCUGUAAUCUUGUCAAACCUUGUUCAGCAUCAAAGUAUUCAUGCUGGUGUGAAACCAUAGGAGUGAGAAUGUGGGAAAGGGUUUAAUUGUAGUUCAAACCUCAACAUCAGAAAAUUGAUACUGGUGAAAAACUUUUUGUGAGGAAUGUGGGAAAGCUUUUAGAUAUCAUCACAGACUUACUGACUAUCACAGAAUGCAUACUGAUGAGAAGCCCUAUGUAUAAGGAAUGUGAGAAAGCCUUUAGACUUAAGUGUUUAUUGUCUAUCAGAAUCCAUGAAAGUCUGGAACCCUGUGAAUUAAGAAUGUGGGAAAACCUUUCAAUGGUUUGCUUUGUUGACAUCAGAAAAUGCAUACUAUCAGAAGUCCUAUGAAUAUAAAGAGUGUGGAGAAGCCUUUGUAUGAAAAAUUUCCUCAUCAGAGAAUUCAUAUUGACAAGGAAUUCUGUGUAUAAAAGAACAUGGGAAAAACUUUCAUCAUGGCCUGGGAUUUGCUCAGUGUGGGUAUUCAUAUGGGUGAGAAGCCCCUUUAGUACAAAAACAAGGAUAGAUACAUAAGAGAGUCCUUAAAUGUGAGGAAUAUAGCCAGUGUAGCCCUCAUGUUUAUAACUUAAUCCCCAUGACAGAAAUUAUAAUAGAUAUGGUAAUUCCAUAAAUUUAGGAAAACCUUCAAAUACUACUCAAUCCAGCAUACUCAAACUACAGAAAGAUUAUUGAAAGAAAUGUUUAAAAAGCUUUACCUGAGGCACAUUAGUUUUUAUCAUUACCAUUCUACUACAUGCGUGACAUUUAAGCUGGAGGGUUAUUUUCUUUUUGAACUGUUUGUAAAAUGGUAGUAGUGCAAUUGUGGGAAUAAAUAGGUAUAUAUGAAUUUCUGUUUAUUAUAAAUGCAUAUUGUACAAAACUGGGUUUCAUUAUGACUUUGAUACAUGCAUAUAACAUGCUUUUGAUUGUAUCUACCUCCAUAUUACACUUUUUUAUUGCCCUCUCCCUUGUUCUUCCUUUCCCUAAUAGUCCCCCUUGAGUGAAAACAUCCUUUGAGUUUGACUUAUUUUGCCUAAAAUGAUGAUUUCUAGUUCCAUCCAUUUUUCUGCAAAUAACAUUUCAUUCUUUAUGGUUGAAUUUGUGUGUGUGUGUGUGUGUGUGUGUGUGUGUGUGUGUGUGUGUGUUGUGUUUAUCCAUUUAAUCCACUGAUGGGCAUUUAGGCUGAUGGUAGACCUUGAUUAUAGGGAAUGAUGCUAUGAUAAAUAUGGAUAUGCGGUAUCUCUUUUGGAUGUUGACUUUAAUUCCUUUGGGUAUAUACCCAGGAGUUAUAUAGCUGCAUCAUAAAAUAGUUCUAUUUUUACUUCUAAGGAACUUCCAUACAGUUUUUUGUUUUAUUUUGGUUUUUGAGACAGAGUCUCACUGUAUAGUUCAGGGUGGACUUGCCCUAUUCCAUAUCAGUCCUCCCUACUGUGUAUAUUUUGUUUUCUAGGUGAUAGCCAUUCUGACUAGAGGAAAUGGAAUCUCAGUAUAGUCUCUUUUUUUUGUCCUGGGGAUCAGACUCAGGUCCUUGCACUUGUGCAGCAGGCAGAGAAACCACUGAGCUAAAUCCCUGGCCCUCAGUAUAGUUUUUAUUUUCCUCUCUGUGAUGGCUAAAGAUGUUGAGCAUUUUAGAAUAUGUGUAUUAGCCAUUUGUACUACUUUUGAGAAGUGUCCAGCUUAUUUGUUGAGGUUCUUUUCGUGUUAAUCUUUUUGAGUUCUUUAUAUAUUCUGGAUAUUCUAUCAGAACAUUUGCCAAGGAUUUUCUCCCAUUCUGUAGGCUGUCCCGUUACUCUGUUGAUUGUUUCCUUCACUGUGCAGAAGCUGGCUAAUAUGGUCCAUUUGCCAAUUCUUUUAAAAUUUAUUUUUAAAAUUAGCAAUAUUUGUCAUACAUAAUGAUCACAUUAAUCAGGGAAUUUGUAA